UUGAAGAGGGGGGAGCUGAAGAAUCAAACACACUGUCAAUGUCACACCAAAGUCAUAUUUCCAUUCAAGUGGUUCAAAUAAACGACUUCCUUAAAACUUGAAAUACGGGUAUCCAGUCCCCUGGUGGUUUCUUUCAAGAAGUAACAAUUUGUAGCAACUGUAAAAGUUGUUCCAAAUCGAAAUUUCGAAGCGUGUUUGAAAUUUCUUUGCCUUUGGAAAUUUAUUUAUAUAAUGGCUACCACAGGCGUGGACUAUCCUGAUUUCUCGCUUGUUUUCAAAGCUUUCCAUCUGAAAGAAAAUGCUCCAAAUGGAAUGAUUUGCCGUUGCGGGCUUGAUAAAGAGGAUACUGUUUUAUUUGAAGACGAAGAGAGAGAUGAUAUUUGCUAUUGGUAUGAUUUUACGAGAUAUUCUUUUCAAAUCGAAACUGUAAUGGUACCAACAUGUGAUGAUGAUAUUUCAUCAAUUGAAAAGUUGAAAAUGAUUUUUCGCGAUAUGUCAACUUACAAGAGAUUGGUUUGGUGUGGUCGCCUUCUAAUUGAAUUCCACGAAGAAAACCAAUGCAGUCGGUAUUUAUCGUCUGCUCUAAAGUUUUAUUUAAGAGCGAUUGAAAUUUACAAAAAGACUCGCCAUCUUUUAAAUAUCCAUCCUGAUGAUAUUAAAAUUAAAGAAGUUUUAAGGCUUUCAUCUAAAUUUCGCGUUCACCAUAGUGUAUUUCUCGAACUUUUGACAUUGUUUAGCACAGAUGUAUAUUAUUACAGAGCGAUUCCGUUUUUCCAUGAUGUUAGAUUGUUAGAAGAUAUAUUUAGAGCUGCAAACGAACUUAAAAUAGAUAUAUUGGUAUUAAUGAAAAAAUUAGACAGCGGAUACUACUACAAUUUAUUUACUUGUUUUGUUCAUAAAAACAUUGAAGCUUUUAUUCCAUUAAUCAAAUUUGGAAAGACUGAGUGCAUAUCUAUAGAGAGUGGUAAAUAUUUGCUGUCAUCAUUGCGCGGUGUGUCUGAGUCAAUAACAGUGAACAGUGACUAUGUAUAUAACUCUGCAACAUUCCGAGCACUGCAAACUCUGCUUUUGUUUUUUCAAUUAAAUUCCACAGACUCUAAACCAACUACAGGACCUUACGCACUGAAGUUAUUGUGGAAUAGUAUAACAGAACCAUUUCUGCGUCAGGAGGAGUUUAAAAAGAGUGUAAAAGCAAUCCAACCAUUUGAUCGAACAACUGCAGCAUGGGAUUGGUAUGCAAGUCAGGUGCUGGAGAACGUCAUCUCACCCAGAGGACCAAGAUCUCUGGCCCAUCUUUCAAGGUGCUCAGUUCGUCGGCAACUGGCGACGUGCCUUCAGCUGCCGUGUGGUGUAGACCAGCUUCAUGUUCCGAAGAUUCUAAAGGAUUAUAUUCUCUUGAAACAUUGAAAGCCUUUUACCAGUUCAGAGCUGAAAAAGCUGUAUAAUUUCGAUGAAUAAAUUUCAUUCUAAUAAAUAAA